AUGAGCGGCAACAGAACCACCAGGUACAGCAUUGUAUCCCCUGAUGAGGAAAGGCUAAAGAUCUCAACUCUGGGGCUACACAACGGCCACAGCUCUCCCGGGAGUGCCGUCAGCGGUGCAACUAGCGUAUGCGGCUACACCAUGGACAACAGCUACAAUGGGAAAAUAUCCACCAGAAAGCGGAGCCAGGUCCGUAGCCGCUUUGUGAAGAAGAACGGCCAGUGCAACGUCGUCUUCUCCAACAUGGAAGACAAGCCGCAGCGCUACCUGGCCGACAUCUUCACCACCUGCGUAGACAUCCGCUGGCGCUACCUGCUGCUCAUCUUCUGCAGCACCUUCAUGGUGUCCUGGCUGCUCUUCGGUUUGAUCUUCUACAGCGUCGCCCGCGCACACGGGGAUUUUGAUCCCGAUCGGCACAUGAAGGGCCAAACGAGUGACAGGCAGCAAAAGGAGUGGAAGCCGUGCCUGCUUCAUGUAGAGGGUUUUGUUGGGGCGUUUUUAUUUUCGAUUGAAACUCAAACCACUAUUGGAUACGGGUGGCGCUGCAUUACGGAAGAAUGCCCAGUUGCUGUGGCUACCGUGGUGGUUCAGUCUAUCGUCGGAUGCAUUAUUGACUCAUUUAUGAUCGGAACUAUCAUGGCCAAGAUGGCACGACCCAAGAAGCGAAACCAGACUCUCUUGUUUUCUGAAAACGCUGUUAUUGCUUUGCGCGAUGGGAAGUUGUGCCUAAUGUGGCGAGUUGGCAACCUUAGAAAGAGCCACAUCGUUGAAGCUCACGUCCGAGCACAACUGAUUAAACCCAGAGUAACAAAAGAGAGUGAAUUUAUCCCGUUGGAACAGACAGACCUUAACGUGGGCUACGAUGAAGGAACCGAUCGGCUCUUCCUGGUCUCGCCUCUAGUCAUCGUCCACGAGAUCGAUGAAGACUCGCCGUUUUGGGCCAUGAGCCGUACUGAUAUUGAAAAUAAUGACUUUGAGAUUGUUGUGAUUCUCGAGGGGAUGGUUGAAGCCACGGCUAUGACCACACAAGCGCGCAGCUCAUACCUUUCCCGCGAGAUCCUUUGGGGUCACCGCUUUGAACCGGUUAUCUAUGAGGAUCGCGACCGCUACCAAGUGGACUACGCUCGAUUCCACAAAACGUACGAAGUUCCCUCAACUCCAGUCUGCAGCGGCAAGGUGCUCAGUGAGUCAGCGAGUCCUCAUUCGUCCAAAGCGUCCUCGCAAUCAGGGACGCCCGCGAGCCGCAGAAAGCAUUUCCUCAGACUGCCUCACUCGCCCAGCGACUUCUGCUACGAAAAUGAAGUCGCUCUUUACUCCGGUGAAGAAGAAGAUGAUGAAAAGUCGAAGAAAGGAACCGAGGAAUGUCUGGCAACGCUAGAAACUGAUCUUUCGUCAACUGUUCCACCAGAAUUUCAAAAAAUUUUCCAGGAAUCGGCGACUAUCUCCUCUGGAAACAACGUCCUGUGUGUCCUGGACAUGGACAACCAGAUAGAGUUUGACAUUCUUCAGACACCCGUCCCUUUUGAUCCUCUGACAUACAAGAGUGAAUCAGAGAUAUGA